GCAAAAAUCUACACAUAUGGGCCGGGCCAACUCUGUAUUUGUAGCUGUUACCAUGUUCAAAUGUCCUCAGUACGUGACUUUUCUGACAUAGAAUGGUAGAAGCUGAGACCCAGGACAAGCUAGGAGCUGUAAUAGCCAGAAAGAUAACUGCAGCAAGUAUUAUGCUGAAGGUCUCAACUAUAAAACAAACUGCACGCAAUAAGCAA